AUGGCGGCGGAGGGGGAGGACCCGCUGGGCUAUUUCGCGGCCUACGGCAGCUCCAGCUCCGACUCGGAGCCCGAAGAGCCGCAGCCCGACGAGCGCCCGGCGGGAGCCGCUGCUGCCUCGGGGGGCACCCCGGGGCGGCCGCGGCUGCCGCCGCCCGACGAGCUCUUCCGUCGGGUGUCGCAGCCGCCCGCCUUCCUCUACAACCCGCUCAACAAGGAGAUCGACUGGGAGAGCCGCGUCCUGCGGGCGCCCGAGGAGCCCCCCAGGGAGUUCAAGGUGUGGAGGAGCAACGCCGUGCCCCCCCCGGAGACCUACAGCCCGCCCGAGAAGCCGCCGCCGCCGGCCCCCACUCUCGACAUGGCCAUCAAGUGGUCCAACAUCUACGAGGACAAUGGCGACGACGCGCCCCGCCAGGCCGGCAAAGCCAAGUUCCUGCCGGACGAGGAGCAGGAGCCCCUGGAGUCGGAUGGUGAAAAAGAAGAGGAACCAUCUUCUGCUAAGAAACGUAAAGUAGAGUCUGGAGAACAGGCAAAGAAGAAGAAGAAGAAGGUAUAAGCAGGGUGUUUUGGAUUUAGGCAUAAUGACAAUUUCAAGGAACUUGGAUUCCUCUGCUGAGAUGGGAAACAAAUACAUGUUUACUGCAUUUCUCUCUCGGGUAGGGAAUUUUAUUUCUGUGGUGUGCUUGCCUUUUGGAAAGCACAAAAUUAAAUGGACAGUGUUGUGGUAGAACUUGUUAACUGAACAAAAUUUAAACCUGUUUAUUUGAAACAAGGAUUUAGAUGAAAGAUCCAUUGCCAUGGAUACUUGUGCCCAUGCAGGUUACAGGGCUUCAUAAUAUUUUGUUUAUCAAGAAACCUGGUAACGUGCGUUCUUCUGGACUGACUUUUCCAUUGUGUCAAAACCUUUUAUAAAGGAGUAUAUACUAAAGAUUUUUUAGGUACUGGUCUGUGAUAUGUUCACAUAAUGUUGUUUUUAAAUAUAUGUAUAGACUGCAAAUAGUCACUGGAAUAAAACUACAUUUUUAAACAUCUGUGGAAUAAAUAUUGCAUUGCAUGCUUGGUGAAUAGGA